AGAUAAUCACGUUAUGUCGCGUGCGGUUUUAGCAAGACGCUUCCCACGCGCUUAUCCAGCACGUGUAUUCCUCCCUGCCCGGCGCAAUUUCGGCGUCCUCCCGGCAUGCCGAUACGAUGGCAUAUAUAAGGAGCUUUCGGCAACAAAGCCUCGGAAGACCUGGCUUCAGGCGCUGGCAGAGCGUGAAGCUGGAGUAAAGCUUAUCCUCCCAGCGAACUUGACAGAGGAGCCAGCCCCCAAGCGGAUGACGGAUAGUUAUCAUAAGAUUGUUAGUGCUCGAUCCAUCACCAAUGGAGCAAUUGGGCUAACAAACAUCUUUGUAUAAAGAUACUUCCACUUUCCAGAGACGAGUGGCUUGUGGAUUCUUAUGUAAAUGCUAGUGGGCAGCUGCGCCUUGGCAGUUUUCUCCAAGACCUUGAUGCGCUCGCGGGCGUGGUCGGCUACAAACAUACUGGGCCUAGCACGGCAAACGUGACCGCUGCAGUGGACAGAAUAUCUAUCAUCAACCCGUUGGAAGAUCUCUGUGACCUUGAGCUUAGUGGUUUUGUUUCAUAUGUCGGAAGCUCCUCCAUGGAAGUUUCAAUCGAGGCUAGAAGAGCUGGGCACCCGGGGGAUGAUGGGUUACUGUUAACUUGCGCAUUCACGAUGGUCGCUCUCAACCCGGAGACUAAAAAGUAAGUUUGCAAGGCCAGACUGACAGAGUUCUAAAGCUCUUACAUUGAUAGACCCACCAAAGUAAGCCCAUUGAUAGUCGAGACACCAGAGGAGAAAAAAAUAUUCCGUGGCGGGGAAGGUAUUCACCCCAUUUCCCUUUGGCCUAAUUUGUAGGGGGGGAACGAUAUUGACUUGACUUCACCAGCCAGAAAGGCGGCUAAAAAAGCUAUCGCAAAGGCCUCUCUAACAACUCAGACACCAACUCCGGAAGAAUCACUCCUAAUCCACGCGACGUACCUAACCCACCUCCAAUACACAGACCCCGAGAAUCCUCUUCCAAAGCCCGAGACGACAGUAUACAUGUCGGAAACCAGAAUCUCCAGCACCGCAAUGAUGCAACCCCAGCACCGUAACCGCCAUUCCUUCAUGAUAUUUGGCGGCUACCUUCUGAAAGUGACUAUGGAGCUGGCUUUCUGCUGCUGCUCCGCGUUUGCCCAUUGCCGACCUACCUUUCUCUCGCUAGAACCGAGCACGUUUCAAGCUCCGGUCCCUGUAGGGAGUAUACUGUACCUAGAAGCUACAGUGGCGUACACGGAGCGCCGAAAAGAAGGGUCAAGGGUUCAGGUUUCUGUUCGGAGCUCGGUGCGGGAUGUUGCGCACGGGUCUUCCACUGGGACUGGGGUGUUCAAUUAUACGUUCUUUGUGGGGAAGAAGGUGGAGGUUAUGCCCGUUACGUAUUCCGAAUUCGUAAGUUGCGUUCCUCUCUUUGGGUCCAGCCAUAGGUUUGUCGUAUCUGCUGACUUGGGACGCGGUAACGCAGAUCACCUUUCUGGAUGCUAGACGGCGUGCAAAGCAGCAGGCCACGGUGAUGGAUAUGGAUGACGGGACGGCGACAAGGGUUACGGAAUAAAUAACUGACACUUAUAAAAUGCGUAUUCCCGCUGAAUCAUGUUUCCUCGGUAUCCCCGAUCCUCACAGGCAUGGCCUCGGGAAAUGAGGGGGAAUCCUGCCUGUGCUGGCUCGUGUGAGAUGCAUCCACAAUUAUAUAUAUGUCUGUAGCUCUGCCAGUAGUAGCGUCCCACAUCAAUCGACUUCUUGGCAGGU